AUGUCCCACGAAGAAGAUCUCAUCGAUUACUCCGAUGAGGAGAUCGGUGGAAACGACACCGUUCCCGCCCCCAGCGGUUCCAAUGGCAAGAAGUCGGAGCUCGCUACUGGCAACGACGUCGACAAGAAGGGCAGCUACGUUGGCAUCCACUCGACUGGUUUCCGCGACUUUCUCCUGAAGCCCGAGCUUCUCCGCGCUAUUGGCGACUGUGGCUUCGAGCAUCCAUCGGAGGUCCAGCAAACUUGCAUUCCUCAGGCCCUUCUCGGUGGCGACAUCAUUUGCCAGGCAAAGUCAGGCUUGGGAAAGACGGCCGUCUUCGUCCUCGCCACCCUGCAGCAGGUUGAGCCGAUCAACGGAGAGGUCUCCGUCAUGGUCAUGUGCCACACUCGCGAGCUUGCCUACCAGAUCCGCGAUGAGUACAACCGAUUCAGCAAGUACAUGCCCGACAUCAAGACGGGUGUCUUCUACGGCGGUACCCCCAUCAAGCCGGAUGUCGACAUGCUCAAGAGCAAGGACACGUGCCCGCACAUCAUCGUCGGUACCCCCGGCCGACUCAAGGCUCUCGUCCGCGACAAGGCGCUCCGUCUCGGCAGCGUUCGCAUCUUCGUGCUCGACGAGUGCGACAAGAUGCUCGACCAACCCGACAUGCGCACCGAUGUGCAGGAGGUGUUCCGGGCCACCCCCACGCAGAAGCAGGUCAUGAUGUUCUCGGCCACCUUGUCGGAGGCCAUCAAGCCCAUCUGCCGCAAAUUCAUGCAGAACCCGACGGAGCACUACGUCGACGAGGACACCAAGCUCACGCUGCACGGCCUGCAGCAGUACUACGUGCAGCUCGAGGAGAAGGAAAAGAACAGAAAGCUCAACGAGCUUCUCGACGAACUUCAGUUCAACCAGGUCAUCAUCUUCGUCAAGAGCACCAUCCGCGCGACCGAGCUGGACAAGCUCCUGAAGGAAUGCAACUUCCCGUCCAUCGCCGUCCACUCGGGUGUGAGCCAGGAGGAGCGCAUCAAGCGUUACAAGGAGUUCAAGGAGUUCAAGAAGCGCAUCUGCGUUGCCACCGACGUCUUCGGACGAGGCAUCGACAUCGAGCGCAUCAACCUUGCCAUCAACUACGACCUCCCGGCGGAUGCCAGCUCCUACCUGCACCGCGUAGGUCGUGCCGGUCGAUUCGGCACCAAGGGUCUUGCCAUCUCCUUUGUGAGCAGCGACCAGGAUCAGGAGGUGCUCAAGGAGAUUGAGAAGCGCUUCGAGGUGGCCCUGCCCGAGUUCCCCAAGGAAGGGGUGGAGCCAAGCACCUACAUGGCGUCCUAG